AUGGGUGAUGUCCCAGGUGAUGCUCCCUCCGAAUCGGAAGAUGUGGAAAUGAUCGACGUACCACCUAUUUCGAAAAUAUUGGUCAUCGAUGAGAUUGAUCCCCACAUAAUUGAACAUGAACCUCAAGCAUCCCCGAUUGAGGAACUUGAAAGCUUCUCGGUGGACCCCCGAGACCCAUCCAAAUUGUUGAAAGUGGGAAAGGGCUUGUCCAACAGUUUGAAAGAAAAGAUUAAGGAUUUCCUAAGUAGGAAUAUUGAUAUCUUUGCUUGGAGGCAUGAGGACAUAGUAGGCAUAGAUCCCAAGAUCAGUUGCCACCACUUGAAAAUUGAUCCUAAGGUUGCCCCCUUUCCACUCCUAAGGAUUGACCAACUAGUAGAUUCCACGGCUAGGCAUGAGUUAUUGAACUUCAUGGACGCAUACUCCGACCACAACCAAAUUCCCAUGCACCCGGUCGAUGAAGAACACACCUCUUUUAUCACAGACGGAGGCCUUUACUGCUAUAAGAUGAUGCCCUUCGAGUUGAAAAAUGUCGGGGCCACAUAUCAAAUGCUCGACAAAAAAGAGUUUGUGGACCUCAUCGGCAAGACAAUGGAGGUCUACGUAGACUACAUGCUUGUGAAAAGUUUAGAAGCUGGGGAUCACGUAACGCACCUCAACAACACCUUCCAAAUCUUGAGAAGGUACCUAGGGCAGGCCUCCCUCCUCUCCAAACCGAAGCUCGGUGAGAUUCUUCAGAUGUAUUUGGUCGUCUCCAAUGAGGCUAUCAGUGCGGUUCUAAUCCGAGAAGAAGGAACCACCCAACUCUCCGUAUACUAUACAAGUAAAGUACUCCUGUCAUCGAAAAGCCGUUACCCCGAUAUGGAAAAGCUCGCUUUGGCCUUAAUCACGGCUUCCAGGAAAUUGAAGCCCUAUUUCCAAGCCCACGCCAUACAUGUGCUAACAAACUUUCCCCUAAGGCAGGCUAGGGCGGCCAUCAAGGGCCAAGCCUUAGCUGAUUUUGUGGUAGAAUUUGCAAAUUUACCUGAGGUGGAUGAAAUCAUGAAAAAUGUCAAGCCCUCUACGUGGAACUUAUUUGUGGAUGGGUCAGCUGGGGACACCAGCUCAGGUGCCAGAGUUGUCCUCAUCAGCCCGAAAGGUCACAAGCUAAACUCAGCUAUCCCCCAUGUUGAAAAUGCACAUGCGAUCGCACUCUCCAAACUUACAAGUAGCAAGGACUCCGAACUACUCACAGUAAUCCCAAUAGAGCACCUCCUCAUACCAUCAACCGAGGCCCCCAAUGUGAUGUGGGUGGCCGGGACUCCUACCUGGAUACAGCCCAUCGUAACCUACCUAAAAGACCAUGUACUUCCCACUAAUAAGCAUGAAACUUACAAGCUAAGGAGGAGGUCAACUCAUUUCCUCUUCAUUAAUGAUGUAUUCUACAAGAGGAGCUUCUCCUCUCCACUCCUUCGAUGCUUGGGAGGAGAAGAGGCUACCUACAUCUUAAGGGAAGUCCACGAGGGAGUUUACGACAACUACUCUGGAGGCCUAUCUUUGGCGCAAAAAAUACUGAGACAUGGGUACUAUUGGCCUACCUUGAAAAAGGACGCCCUCCAGUUUGUACGAGAAUACAAUGGUAAACAGUUUGAAAACAAGAAGGUUAGAAGUUUGUGUGAAGAACUUGGCAUCAAGAAGUACUUCUCCACAUCUCACCACCCACAAGCAAAUAGCCAAGUUGAGGUUGUGAACAAGACCAUCAAACAUGUCCUGAAAAAGAAGCUUGAUAUGUCAAAAGGGCCCUGGGUGGAUGAGUUACCACAAGUGCUUUGGGCAAUCCGAACCACUACGAGGACCCCCACAAGGGAAACACCUUUCCUCAUGGCAUAUGGAACUGAAGCAAUGAGCCCCGUCGAGGUUGGACUUCUAUCUCCACGAUGUCUGCAUUUCAAUGAAAUAACAAAUGACGAGCUCCGGAGGUUCGACCUCAACUUCAUUGAGGAAAUAAGAGAUGACACCCAGUUGAAGCUCGCCACAUAUCAAAGAAAGAUGACGAAGCACUUCAACUCAAAGGUGAAUAUUGGUUCCGAAUUGGGAAGAUUUACAAAGCCCAGCCACUGCGGGCUUCACGUAACUCGAUCAGACAUAGCAAUGUUCUCAAUUCAGCUGGAAGAUGGUCCAGUAUUAAGAUCUAUUCAGGUCACAGUUAUUAAGCUUAAGUAUAAUUUACUUGCUUAA